CUCCCCUCGUGGGUGCGUUUGGGGCAAAUCCUCAAUCCUGCCGUCUGCUGCUGCACGGUGCCUCCUAUAAAGCACCGCGUGUCGCUCGUCCUGCCGUUCCUGUCCGACUGCAGUCCUGCGUCUCCUGGCACUGCGGCAUUCGGAGGUCUCGUGCCCGCGCAGCUGAUUCCCUGGCCCCUCCUUGCGUUCCAUCUACCCUCUUUGGUCUUUCACACCACCAUGGAUCCCCGAGACGAGAAAACCUCCGAGUUGGUGAUCGCUCCCCACGGGGAUCGUCACAUGGACGAGGAUCCUCUGGCGCAACCGGAAAAGACCUGGUGGGAGCGCAGUUGGCCCACCUUUGCCUGUGGUGCCGGUUUGUGGUCCGACGGCUACCUGCAAUACGUCAUCGGUACCGUCAACACUAUCCUCUCGGAUCUCUAUCCCGAUACCUACGCCAAUUCCACUUACAGUCAGAAUGUCUCCUCCAUCGCCUUCGCCGGCACCGUCGUCGGAAUGCUGUUCUUUGGGUAUCUCUCCGAUCACUGGUCGCGCGCCAACACCCUGAUGGUCUCCACCGUCAUCCUCUUCAUCUUUGGCGCCCUCUGUGCCGGAGCCUAUGGGGCUGGUGGCAGCUUGACGGGCAUGUUCGCGGCCCUUACCGCGUAUCGCUUCUUCCUGGGGCUGGGAGUCGGAGGUGAAUAUCCGGCGGGCUCGGUCGCGGCCGCCGAGAGCAGUGGUGAAUUGGAGGAGGGCACCCGUCACCGCUGGUUCAUCCUGUUCACCAACUUCCAGCUCGAUCUGGCCUCGGUCGCCUCGUCGCUCGUCCCCAUGAUUGUCGUCCUGGCCUGUGGCGAGAACCACCUCCGGGCCGCCUGGCGCAUCUGCCUCGGACUGGGGGUCAUCCCGCCUCUCAGUCUGAUCUACCUACGAAUGAAGCUCAAGGAGCCCGAAGAGUACUCCCGCGAGAAGAUGCACAAGUUUCCCGCCUGGCUGAUCAUCAAAUUCUACUGGCAGCGUUGGUGCGUGGUCGCCCUGAUCUGGUUCAUCUACGACUUCUCGACCUACUCCUUCAGCAUCUACUCCUCGGCGUGGCUGAAGGUCAUCAUCGGCGACAGUGCGCCCCUGUGGAAGACGCUGGGCUGGAACACCCUGAUCAAUGCCUUCUAUGUGCCCGGCUCCUUUCUGGGCGCCUUCAUGAGUGAUUGGUAUGGGCCCCGCAACACGUUGGUCUUUGGGGUCUUCGUGCAGGGCGCCAUCGGAUUCAUCAUGACCGGGUGCUACCCGUACCUGGAUACCUCCCACUACGUGGCCGCCUUCGUGGUGGUCUACGGCAUCUUCCUCGCCAUGGGCGAAGUCGGCCCCGGCGAUAACAUCGGCCUGUGUGCGGCCAAGACGUGUGCCACUCCCAUCCGUGGCCAGUACUAUGGCACGGCCGCAGCCAUGGGCAAAGUGGGCGCUUUCGUGGGCACCUACGUCUUUCCCGUCAUCGUCAAGGAUGCCGGUGAUAACCUCGCCCACCAAGGUCAAUUCCCCUUCUAUGUCUCCAGCUCGCUGUGCAUCUUCAGUGCCUUCCUGGCCUAUUUCGGCCUGCCCAAGAUCAACCAGGACACUAUCACGCACGAGGAUGCCCGCUUCCGCGACUACCUCGAGUCGCAGGGCUAUGACACCUCCUCCAUGGGAACUUCCCGGAACCCCCGGUGAGCGAAAGGCUGAUGAACGGCAAUGAAUCAUGUCCCGGUGUAUCCUAUUUCUGUUUCGGCAAAAGUGUAUUUACUAUCUACCAUUACGAUGUAAUCAAUCGAUCUCAGUCACGAACUACGGUACUAUUAAACAAAGCUAGAUCAGAUGUGUAACUCGUACUUCACUGUCAUGACGCGUGACCCCCAAUUUUCUGGUCGCUUGCCGGUCAAUCCGGGACUGGAAUCUCUAGCGCCACACGUG